UUUUCACGCACAAUUAACUGGUUCGUUGUUCAAGUCUUUUGUUUUGUUUGCGCAUCUCCUAAUUGGGCUGGGAUUUUCACAGAUUUGCUGGCAAGUCGUUCCGGCAAAUCUCGCCGUCGAAUCUGGGAGAAUUUCUUUUAAAAGUGAACCACACCGGCGAUGGGUGGCACAGUUGUUUCACUUUCAUUGCCGCGAAAUGCUCAGCCUGUGGUGUCUGGUUUUGCUCUCGUGCCUCGGCCUGAACGGGGGCCAGGUCUCGCGCUCGUAUGUGCCGGCACCCAUACCACCCAUCAUAACCAAACAGUUCUACAGCAUUUCCCCCGCUGAGGAGCCCGAGGAGCUGCAGCCACGCACCAAGCACCUGGUGAUAGGACAGCCGAGGCGCAACUACCGCAUCAUCUUCAUACGGGCGCCCAGUGCCAGCAGCGAGCAGCUGAAGUACACCGCCGAGCUGGCGCCCCAGGAGGAGCGCACGGUCAUCUAUGUGCUGACGAGGCAGCCGCAGGAGCUGCAGGCCGAGGACAUUGUGGCGCCCCAGCAGCAGCAGCAGCAGCCGGCGGCGGCGGCAGAGCAAAAGCCCGACAUUUUCUUCAUCAAGUACAGGACGAACGAGGAGGCGGCCGCCGCUCAGCGCGAGAUUCAGACGCAGUACGACCAGCUGGGCGGCAACACCGAAAUAUCGGCACCCUAUGUGGCGCCCGUACAGUCCGUGGUUGGAGCGCUCAGUGCAGCCCAGCAGCAAUCUACACCAACGGCCAGUGAUGGCAGCGGCGGCGGGGGCUAUCACUAUCAGCGACCGCAGACCCUGCCCCUGCCCCUGCCCCUGUCCAUGCUCGUGGCGCCUGUGAAUCGUCUCUACUGACUUCACCAAAUCGUUGAAUAUUCCGCGCCAAAUUUGCAUUUGGUCGAU